GUGAAAAAUGGAUAGGUACAAGAUAAUUAAGGAAGUUGGUAAUGGUAGUUUUGGAAGUGUGUGGCGAGCACAAAAUAAUGAGACUGGUGAAGUGGUAGCAAUAAAAAGAAUGAAGAAGAAAUAUUUUUCAUGGGAAGAAUGUAUGAACUUAAGAGAAGUGAAGUCUUUGAGGAGAAUGAGGCAUUCAAAUAUUGUGAAGCUAAAGGAAGUGAUCAAGGAAAAUGACAUCUUAUUUUUUGUGUUUGAAUACAUGGAGUGCAACCUAUAUGAGCUUAUGAAAGACAGAUCAAAGCUUUUCUCAGAAAGUGAAGUGAAAAACUGGUGCUUCCAAGUAUUUCAAGGUCUUGCAUACAUGCAUCAACAGGGAUAUUUUCAUUGUGACCUUAAACCUGAGAACUUAUUGGUUUCAAAAGAUUAUGUGAUUAAAAUAGCUGAUUUUGGUCUCGCUCGGGAGAUUAAUUCUGAACCACCAUACACUGAAUAUGUUUCAACACGCUGGUAUCGGGCCCCUGAAGUUCUUCUCCAGUCUCCAACAUAUGGGUGUGGUGUUGAUAUGUGGGCAAUGGGUGCAAUAAUGGCGGAACUGCUUACUCUUCGCCCUCUGUUUCCAGGCUCAAAUGAAGCAGAUGAGAUGUACAAAAUUUGCUGUGUAUUAGGGACCCCAACAAAAACCGAAUGGCCUAAUGGACUUGAACUUGCUAAUAGCAUUGGCUACCAAUUCCCAAAGGUUGUUGGCGUACAUAAUAACCUUUCUGCACUUAUACCUUCUGCCAGUGAGGAUGCAAUUAAUCUCAUUACCUCGCUUUGUUCAUGGGAUCCGUGCAAGAGGCCUACAGCUCUACAAGUCCUUCACCAUCCUUUCUUUCAGAGUUGCUUCUAUGUUCCGCCAUCGCUACGCCAUAAGGCUUCAUUGGAACAGAAACCCAAGAACGCAGGUGUACAAAGAAAGUUGGAGACGAACUAUCAAGAUCCAAACAAGGCUGUUAAGCCCCUCGAGGACUUUGUGAAGCAACAACCGAAAUACCAACCCCCCGCUAUGCUAUAUGUUCCUCGAUCAAUUCCCAAGAUAUGCUUCCAGGAAGAAAUUACUCGAUCGAGGAAAGUGGCGGGAUGA